AUGGAUUUGCUUCCCUUCUUCGUUCAUAACUAUGUUGCCAGUCAUCAUAAAAGAUUACGUCGUCGAGAAACAAGUUUCUCAAAGAAGAAAAAGAUUGAAAAAGUUGAGUUUGUUAUAGAGCCAACAACACAUGAAAGUGAAAAUCAACUAAAAGUUAAACCUGAAUCUAACAUUGACAAUGAGGAGCCCAAACAGGAACAACUGAAACAACCUACAGAGCUCCACAAACCAAGAGGGAAGAAAAAAAUUGAUGGAAGAAAAACUAGGACUGAACAGAUACAUGAUAAUGAAGCAAAGUAUGUCUACCGUUCCAACAUUCAAUCUCUUAUCAAAUUUUUCAAGACAACAAAACUCAGAGAGGAGCAUUUGACAGUAUUGAGAAAGACACCUUUUUCACUUCUGGUUGAUACAUUGAGUGAAAACAAGGUUAAAAGAAGAGAUUCAAUUAAAUAUGAUGAUGUGGUUGCAAAAAUUUUACAAACUUACCAAAUGGAUGGAACCACAUUUGAAAUUGUUGGGAAGAAGCUGAAGUUGAAAAGAAAUGACUUCAAAUUAAUUUUUGGGAUUGCAUGUGGACAGAAGAAGAUGAACCUUGCAUACGGAAGAAAAAAUGAGGUAGCUAUGGUGCAAAGAAGGAAAAUAACCGAGAGCAGAAUGACAAGUGCUUCAAUCCAAAAGUUGAUAACGAAACUUCUGAGAAGCAACAACAAUGAAGAUGUAAAAGAUGUCGUUAGGCUUGUGUGCCUUUUGGUUUGUUUGCUUUUAUUGUAUCCAGCAAAACAAUAUCUUACAAGAUCAAUAGCACGCAAUAUCAACCAAAUUGAUAGAGUAUGCGGAUGUGUGAUCAUCUUAUUGAAUUGGAUAUGUGAGUAUGCAAAGAUCAUCAAACCAAAUGACAAGAACCCAAUCCCAAGAUUUGCAAGAUGGAGCAUUACACAUCUGGGAGAACAAUUGGCAAAGUCAUCCUUGCAUGAUCUGAAACAUAUUGAGAACAUAUACAGACAAUUGCAACCACAAACAAAUGAUCAGCAUGAAGAUGGAGAAUGUAACUUUGAGGAACAAGAGGAGAUUGAAUUAUCUGAAAAGGAAGAAGAACUAAUUAUCACAAAGAUAUUCAGUCUCAGUCCAGGAAGAAAUUCACCGAAUCCAAAGCAUCAAACAGGUGCUCGAAAAAAGAGGAAAUCAACAACAUUGCAAUCAAAAAAGAAUGCAAGAAGGAAAGCCAACUUUCAGCAUGAAACUGAAGAAGGUCCAGUUCAUGUGCAAAGAAAUGAGCUUUCUUUUGACAACCUAGAAAAUGAUGAAGAAGAAACAAUGAUCAAACAGAAAGUUGGUCCAACAACUUCCCUGCGAUUCAAGCAUCAAACACCGGCUGAAAAAAGGAAAGCAAAAAGGAAACUUGCCUAUAAAACAAAUAUCUACCAUGUGAAAAAUAAUGAACAUACCUUUCAGAAACUAGAAGAGAAUGUCCUGAUAAUCCAAAGGCUAGAAAUGGAGAAGGCAAGAAUCCAAGCAGAAAAUGAUGAGCUUAAGGACCAACUCAUGAAGCUCAGUAAACAAAUGGAAGAACAGAGCAAGAAACCAAAGACACAGAUGGAAGUCAAAGAUGUGGAAAUGGUGCUACUUAAUGAGAGAAUUGCAUUGUUAGUUGAAUCAAAUCUCUACCUGGACAGUGAAGAAGAACAAAUCGUAGUUGAAGUUGAAGCCACCACUCCCAAAACAUCGCCUCUUGUGAGCUCAAUGAUAAAAAGGGUAAAAAAUAGAGAAACAAGAAAAGAGCACAAAGAUCCAGAUUUUUGGUACAUAACGAAAAGACAACCAAAGCAGAACAAGACAGUUGAUGAAGUAGAACCAAUGGUUGAAGAAAGUGCAAAGACCAGAAAAGAAGAGCAGACACAACAUCAACAUCCAACAAAACAAAUUGACACUUCCUAUCCAGUGUUUCACAAAUUGCCAAAGAAAUCAAGGAUGAAACUCACUAGUCAUUGGGCAACAAAAACCAGCAGGAAAGCCAACUUUCAGCAUGAAACUGAAGAAGGUCCAGUUCAUGUGCAAAGAAAUGAGCUUUCUUUUGACAACCUAGAAAAUGAUGAAGAAGAAACAAUGAUCAAACAGAAAGUUGGUCCAACAACUUCCCCGCGAUUCAAGCAUCAAACACCGGCUGAAAAAAGGAAAGCAAAAAGGAAACUUGCCUAUAAAACAAAUAUCUACCAUGUGAAAAUUAAUGAACAUACCUGUCAGAAACUAGAAGAGAAUGUCCUGAUAAUCCAAAGGCUAGAAAUGGAGAAGGCAAGAAUCCAAGCAGAAAAUGAUGAGCUUAAGGACCAACUCAUGAAGCUCAGUAAACAAAUGGAAGAACAGAGCAAGAAACCAAAGACACAGAUGGAAGUCAAAGAUGUGGAAAUAGUGCUACUUAAUGAGAGAAUUGCAUUGUUAGUUGAAUCAAAUCUCUACCUAGACAGUGAAGAAGAACAAAUCGUAGUUGAAGUUGAAGCCACCACUCCCAAAACAUCGCCUCUUGUGAGCUCAAUGAUAAAAAGGGUAAAAAAUAGAGAAACAAGAAAAGAGCACAAAGAUCCAGAUUUUUGGUACGUAACGAAAAGACAACCAAAGCAGAACAAGACAGUUGAUGAACUAGAACCAAUGGUUGAAGAAAGUGCAAAGACUAGAAAAGAAGAGCAGACACAACAUCAACGUCCAACAAAACAAAUUGACACUUCCUAUCCAGUGUUUCAUAAAUUGCCAAAGAAAUCAAGGAUGAAACUCACUAGUCUUUGGGCAACAAAAAUCAGCAGUUAUCCAAUCUUACAAGGAAAGGAAGUAGGCAGCUAUUUGUACUUGGAUGAUAUUGACAAAAUAGUCAAAUGCGAAGAUCUUUCUGGAAAUGCAAUAAAUGCAUACAAGGAAAUCUUAAUGACAGAAAAGCAACUGAAACCAAAGUUCAGCCUCAGCUCGCAAGCAGGAACAACAUAUAUAUUUACUACAUCAUGCCAUAGAAAGGUUAUUGAAAAACACCUUCAACAUCACAAUCCCAAACUCAUUGAAGGUAACAAGUUUCAUGAAGAAACAGAAAUUGCAAUGAAUUGUCCCCAACAAGUUGAUCAUUCACUUGAUUGUGGCGUCAUAGUUUGUUACCUCAUGAGAGAAUAUGUCUGUAACAAAGACAUCUUUCCCAACUUAACAAAGGAGGAGUGCCACCAAAUCAGAGCAGAUAUCAUAGAUGCUUUGUUGACUAACCAACAGACAGACACCCAGCAAAUUGUUGAUGAGGCAAUAGAAGCGGUGCUUGAAGACAAGGAGUUUUGGGACACAAUACACAAUGACAACCAUGCUUGA